GCUAUAAUUUAUAAAUGAAUCAAUAUUUUCUUGCUAAACUUAAGGUUAGGUUUGGUUUUUGAUUAAAACAAUAAAAACAAUGAGUGAAACAGUUAUUGUUUACUAAUAAAUGGAAAGUAGAAUAACAGCUCAAUAACGUAGUCUUAAAAAUGGCAAAUCAAAAACCCACUACGUCAUUAGAAUAUGAAAAUGUAAAUGGGAUAAAACUUGUACUAAAUGUUCAUAAAAGACAAACUCCACCGGACGCCAGAAUAUUUACAAUAACUUAUAAAAAUGUGAAGAGUAAUAGUUCCAAAAUAGGGGCAAAGGCGUCUCUGUUUCUAGCCAUUAUUUUCAAUUUAAUAGCUCUAUUUUAUGUAAGGAUAAGUCUAACAGCAAUAUUGGUUAUAAUAAUUGUAUUAUCUUUCUUAGUCUUCUUUUGGUUCACACACAGUGUUCAGUCAGAAAGCCUAAUAGUAAUACCGACAGUGUGUAUUCAAAGUACAGUGAAGUAUGUAUGGGGUCGAGAAGACACCUUCGUGGACUGGUCCAAUGUUGAUGAUGUUAUUAUCAAUGAAGUUAUUAAAAUGAAUCGAGUUUUAUAUUACCUUACUUUGUUGAAAAAGGAAGAUAAUCCAGAUUCAGUGCGACUGGUACCACUUUUUAAGUACACAAAACCAAGACUAGUAAUGCUUCAGAAGAUCUACUCGGAGAUACAAACAUUCCUGAUGGAUGCUCAAAAGGAGAGUGCUAUGGCUUCCGGAGACAAAGAAUAAAAGGAAUUCCACAUUUUAUUAAAAAAUAUCAGUUGUAGUUAAUACCAUUUGUCCACAAGGAAAUAUUUUUAUAAGUUAGAAAUCGCCAACCCGCAUUGUGCAAGUGUGGUGAUUAAUGCUCAAACAUUCUCCGUGCGAGAAGAGGCCUUUGGUCAGCAGUGGCUACUUAUAGGCUGUUGAUGUGGAAUGGGGGUACCUAAUAGUAUAGUUAAAAAUAGAAUAUUUUCCAAGUAUUUUUUUUUUGUUAAAUGUUUUAGUCACAAUUUUAUAAAUAAGUGUUAAAGUUAAUAGUAUAAUUGGCUAGUAAAAUAAUUGCAACGAAUUAAAUUAUUAUUAUGAGCAAUGGAUAAGUUAUUAUAGGUGAUAGGUAGCAAAUGUAGUAUUGGCUAGAUAGAUGCAAUGUUUUUGUAGUUUAAAAUAUUAUAUGAUAGAAGAUAGAACAUCUGAAUUAUGAUAGUUAA